GCAGCCGCCCGGACAAUGUGACGGGUGCUCCCGGGCGGCACAAAGCCCCCCUUCCAGAAAGCCGUCGCACAAAGCCGAAAUCCCAGGCGAGCCCCAACCUGCUGGGCUCGGCACAUCCCUCCCGCCAGUGCGGGGCCAGGCGGCCGGGCUGAGCGGCGGUGCUCGGCAGGCCGGAGCGACAACAUGCCCUUGCCGAGGCGCCGGUCGUCCUUCCUGGGGCAGCAGCCCUCGACCUCCACGGCGGAGAGCUCGGGGCCGCCCGGCCGCCGGGUGAGCGUCGGAGGCGGAGGGAGCCUGUCGAGACCCCCCGGCGUCUACGUGGGCACCGUUCCCACCGGCGGCGUGAGCAGCCUGGGCACCCGAGUGUCCCGUAGAGCCCUGGGCAUCAGCAGCGUCUUCCUGCAGGGUCUCCGCAGCUCCGCCGCCGCCGUGCCCCUGGCCCCGGGGCUGGAUAAGGGCAGGGGUCUCUCCUACGAAAGCCUGAAUGGCUGCUUGGUGGAGUACAUCGAGAAGGUGCGAGCUCUCGAGCAGGUCAACCAGGAGCUGGAGGAGCACAUCAGAGUCUACCUGGACAAGAAGGCGGCCAGCGUGAGCAGCUGGGGAGCGCUGCGGGAGAACUGGGAGGCGAUCUACCACCAGGUGGGUGAAGCAGUCCUUGAAAAUGCUCGUCUUAUGCUGCACACCGAGAAUAUUCAAGCCUGUGCUGAAGAUUUUAAAGACAGGUAUGAAAAUGAGCAGCCAUUCAGAAAGGCAGUGGAAGAUGAAAUUAAUUCCCUAUAUAAAGUGAUUGAUGAUGCUAAUUUAACUAAAAUGGAUCUGGAGAGUCAGAUAGAAAGCAUGAAGAAAGAACUAGCUUUGCUGUCAAAGAAUCAUGAAGAAUUCAAGGAUGUGAAGGUGUUAUACAAGCAGCUUGCUGGAUCUCAGCUGGAAGAACUUGAUGUUCCCCUGGGAAGUGGCCUGGAUGACAUUCUGGAAAAAAUCAGAAUCCACUGGGAGAGAGACAUUGAAAAGAAUCGUGCUGAGACAGGUGCCCUGCUCCGUACUAAGCAACAGGCUGAGACGACGGCUGCCGUGCGAACCCAGGAGGAAGAGCUGGUGGAGGGCCUCAGAACUGAGUUCCACGAAACUGCCUGCAAAAUACAGAGCUUGCAAGCAGAAACUGAAUCUUUGAGAACCUUGAAGAGGGGUCUGGAGAACUCUUUAUAUGACGCCAAGCACUGGCACGACAUCGAACUGCAGAACUUAGGCUCUGUCAUUUCCAAGCUGGAGGCAGAGAUGGGAGAAAUCAAAGUAGAAACCGAGCAGCAGCAGAGGGAUCGUGAAAAUCUGCUGACUAGCAAACAACAGCUGGAGAAAGACAUUGCUGCAUAUCACUGCCUCUUGGAUGGAGAGCAAAGCAGCUGAUUAUGACUCCCAGCCCACAGAAGACCAUUGCCAUUAAAACAAAAGAUGUCACUGCCAAUUAUGUUCGUGGAAGCUAAAAACUCAACAAAGCAGCCUGCUUUAUUCAGUUUGAUUCAACAAUCAAAGUAGGUUGUAGCUUGAACAACUUUAUUAGACCCUCUUCAUGUAAUUGCUUUGCUUACAGAUUUCAAUUUACUCAUGUUGUUAAAAUUAUAAUAAAAAUAAAGAAUAUCA